ACACUUCCGUUGUAAACAAGCAUGGCGACCGUUCAAGUUUUGUGUCCGAAUGGACGUCGACAAAAUGUGAAAACAACGCCUAAUAUGAAGCUUUUACAGGUUUUAGAAGAUGUCUGUCAAAAACAAGGAUUCAUGCCACCUGAUGAUUAUGGAUUUAUUCAUGGUAACAGCAAGAAACAGCUAGACUUGAGUCUAUCAAUGCGCUAUGCCAACCUAGCUAAUAAUGCCAAACUGGAACUGGUUAAGUCGCAGACUAGUCGGGCCAUCCAGGAUGUCACCAUUGCCCUACAGCUGGAGAAUGGAACACGCCUACAAGGAAAGUUUCCUCCACAGACAUCUCUGUGGGAUAUACUAGUCCACUGGGAAGAGAAGCCAGAUAGUACCUGUAAAGGGGAGCUAACCAAGGUAGAUAUGUCUCAUGACCCACCUAUCCAGCCUGUUUGUAUCUACAUGAGAGAAGAGGUAAUAGGAGAAAUGGCUCUUAUUGCAACUAAUUUAAGGAAGCUUGGCCUGACAAGUGGGAAUGCUGUGAUCAGGUUGACACACAGAGCAGUAGAGAAGACCACAAUGACAGAUAUUGCUAAUCAGUUAGAAAAAGAAAAAUCAAAGAAAGCCAGACUUGAACAGAUGACAAGCAAACAAGCAUCAGAGCCAGAAAAACAGGCAAGCAACAUGUCAGAACUAUCAAAAAAUGUUUCAAAUCCUGGUAUACAAAACAUAAAUAAGGACAACAUAGAUAUAGAAACAAGUAAAUGUGGUUCUGGGGCAAGUUUAUCCAAAAUGGACACUUCUUGUGGUGUUACAAAGGAUUCACCUGAACCUAUGGAGAUAGAACAGAAUUCUUCUAAAUCAUCGGUUUCCACGGAAACAUCAGCCAUGGAAGUUGAAUUAGGAGCCACAGGAGGAGAAUAUGAUAGAAUAAGGAGUAAAACAGAAAACAACAGGCAGGAAGAAGUAUUGGUUGGUCAAAGUUCAGCAAGUGGCGUUCAUAUGGCAACGAGUGGAGUUCAGAGUUCAUCUGGGUCAUCAAGGAGAGGUCAGAGUGCAUCAGGAUCAAAGAGUGCUAUUGACUCACUGCGAGAGAUGAAUAUCCCUGGUGUAGAGAUUUUCACUCCUCAAGAUUUCCAGAAUUUGUCUCCAGAUGAACAGAGAAUAGCAAGACGACUGGCAGCAGAAUAUGCUAAGCGGAACAAUCAACAGGUAUCACAGGCCCCAGCUUCAUUUGCGGAUUUUAAAUUUCCAGAAGAAACAAAGGGAAAGGACCUAUACCACAAUGAGCUGAGUUCUGUUACUAAAGAAGAUUUUCAGCCCUGUGACAGGGAAACAGUGCUGUUCAAUGCUGAGGAACCAAUCCGCUCCCCAGGGAUGCAGUCCUCUCAAGAAAUAUCAGAUGAAUUCUUUGAAGUUACUGAAAAAGAUUUAAGGAAAAUGAUGACUGACUUGCAGAAGCAAACUGAGAGUGAUCAGAUGUUGAUGACACAAUCUAUGCGUGAACUGAAACAGGAAGAAAAAUACAGUAAAUAUCAGAAAGUCGUCAUACGAGUUCAGUUCCCAGACAAACUUGUUGUACAGGGACUGUUCAGGCCAAAGGAGACAGUGUUUCAAAUACACAAGUUUGUAAAAAGCCUACUUGAAGAUCAGAAGACACCUUUUUAUUUGUAUACUUCACCACCAAAGUGCGUUCUGAAAGAUCAGGCUAAAACCCUUAUACUGGCUAAUCUGGUGCCAGCCACCUUAAUUUAUUUUGGAUCUGAAGUCCCAAAAGAACACUAUUUAUCUGCUAAGCUAAUGGAGGGAAUGGAAUCCAGGAAAGCAGCUGAUGAGAAAUUAAAUACAUGCCUUCCCAUUAGUGCAGAGUCACAGGCAUUGGCUCCAGUUAGUGGUCCAAGUAGGGCCUCCGCAGGAACAUCAGGUGGGGCCUCAGCGGGGGCAGCACAGGAUCGGCCACGCCCCAAACAGACCACACAGCCAUCCACUGGUAAAGAGCCAGGUGUCCCCAAAUGGUUCAAAGCAGGCAAGAAGUAAUUGCUGUACUGUCUCCAGGUUUUUAAGUUUGAAAUCAUCUAUUACGUGGGAAUAUCUUUGAAAACAUGGAGUGACAUUGCUGAACUGGACGAAACAGAAGAGCGUUGUCUGAGAAUUUGGGAAAUCUUUCUUUGGUACAGGAUGGAUAUUUAUGAAUUCUUGUUUUCUAAGACAAGUCAUGUCUCAUCAUAGUGUGGUAAGCUGAUAUCACAUUGUGUUUUCACAUCUUUGAUUUAUAAACUUAAAGGGGUUGUAUUUGAUCAAGUCUGUUGGUCAAAUGCCAAAAAAAAAUAAUAUAUACAUGAAUGAAAAUUAACGAUUGAAAUGCCUGACUGAUCAAUAGAUGGUAAUAUAUGUAGUUGAAAUAGUCAGCAUUCUUUUUUGUUUGUUUUUUGAAUAAGAUCUAGUGCUAAAGAAUAUACUCUUUCAUUUGUUUAUUUCUUUUGAUUUUUGAGAUAUAGAUAAAAGAUAAAUAAGUGUAAUAAUCCUGAACUUGUAAAGUAUUAUCAGGGUCAGCUGUAUGAAAUCUGUUGACUGUUGUUGAUUCUUAACGAAUUACCGGUGUAACCAACUUUAAAGUCGCUUGUCACAUUGAGUUGGUAACGGAGAGCACAUUUUCUGUUCAUUGAUGUACUAUUUCAACUGCCACAGCUGAUAAAAAACAGUCUUCCUAGCAAGAGUUUGAACAUAUGUAUAAUGUAAAACUACAGGUACACAGAAUUUGAAAAAAAAAAAGAACGAUUUAAAACUAAUAUACCCUGACAGCUAGAAUCCAAACUGGAGUAUUCACAAUAUCGUGUGAUAUAUACCGGUCAGAAGUCAGAACCUUUGUGCUGUUUACUGAGAAGAACAGUGGUUAUGGUAAAAAAGUUUUGUGAUCCUCAUCGGUUCAAUGUAGUCACAGGCUGUAUCACAUGGAAUGACUUUACAAAGAAGUUGAUAUUAACUAGUGACUGUGCUGACAUUUUCUGUCGAACAAUUUGAAAGAUAAUGGCCAUAUUGGAGUUUACUUGUCGAGAGAACUUGUGGUAUCAUUGCACUGUAUACCAUGGUUGGUAUGCUUUUUGAUGCAAUAUACAUGUGUAUGUAUUAUCAUAAAUUGUACGUUGUAACUAUCAUGUCAAAGUGCUCCUACUUUAUCUAAUAAAGACGUUACUUGUUAAA